GUUUGCUAUGCUGGACAGGGAGUUCUCGGAAGUAAACCAGUCUAUUGAUUGAAUGGCGGAAAAUUCAAGUUUUACAUUUGACUGACAGUGUCACGAAACUCCUGUCCAGACACAAGAAUGGCCCCUCUCUGGGAACUGAUAGAGACUGAUUUUGGUGGCGAUGAGACGACAGUGUUCGGUCCAAGAAAAGAAACGGGCACUGCCCUGUAUCAAGUGGAAACACUGGCCAGCAUCUUGCCGACAGAACAGAGUGAAGUUACCUCAUUACCACAUGUGGUGUCAGCAGUCCUGGGAAGUUUUGCCUGUGUUGCCGUUGACAAGCUGUUAGCUGUAUUCAGUGAUAGCACAUUUACAGACACAUUUAUGUUUGAUUCCACUGUGGAUGCUUUAGAGUGGAGUCCAGAUGGCAAAUUCCUCGUGGUUGGAUGUAGUGAUGGAUUCUUGUAUAUUCUAGACUCCAUUAAACUGGAAAUUCUUAUUUCAAAGUGUAUUGUGACAGAAAACAACAAAGUAAAUGGCCAUGCAUUCAAGAGAAUCAUGUUUCACAGCAGAAAAGAUGAUCUGCAUGACUUAAUCUGUCUGGCAGCCAAUGGUCAACUCAUUGUCAUGCGAAAUCUGGAUUUGAAGGUUUCUUCUGAUGAAAUUGGUGACUUGGCAAAGUGUAUUUUUAACCAGAUUAAGAUCAUCCUGGUUGAUACAUCACCAUACCAUACCUUGAGCACAACAGAUGUGAUUGUUAUUGAUGAUAAUAUCGUCACCCUGGGUUCUGGUGAUAUGAUCAUAGUGGUGUGGUCAUUUUGUGGAGAUGGACUUGAUCUGGAAGACUCUGUGGGUGGGAUUCUUAAUAAUGAUGCUGGUAUUAUUAGUGGCAAGGUUACCCCAGACAACAGGCUUUUCUUUUUAUUGGAUGAAAACCACUGCAUUACACUUUGGAGUUCAGAUACACUCACUGCUGUUCAGCAGUGGUCAGAUUUGGCAGUUUCAUCCUUUCAGAUUUUGGAUUCAAAUGACAACAGUGCCAGUGACACGACCAACAAGGAUAACUUGAGAGUGGUUCUGGUCACAGAGAACAACCGAGAUCACUUCACUCUGCAGGUCUUGUCCUUUCCCUCCUCCACCGUCGUGUACAACCUGCAGUUGAACUCCUCAUCAGUGAUCACUCAGUGUUUGCCAAUCCAGGAAGUGGUGUACCUGGUAGAAUACUUUUGUGAUCAGAGUUGUUCACAAACAGUGUCUGCUGUCCGCUUUAAGUUUCUUCUGGAGACAGAGCCAGAAACUAGAUUGUAUAGACUGAUACGAAAAAAGAAGUUUCAGGAAGCAGAAGAAUUUGCUAGGCUGUUUAAUUUAGAUAUUGAGUUGGUAUACAAAGCCAAGCUGAACAUCAUUUUGGAUCAGCUGUCUCCAUGGAAUGCUUCUGAACUAGAAAGUAAGGAGAUUGACCAGCUGAUUUCUGAGAUGUGGGAUUCCAUUGAACUGAUCACAGAUGAUCUACACCUAGCCGACACCUGUCUGAGGGCAGCAUUACCGACAUACUCGGAUACAUACAGACUACAAGACUGGUGUCGCACCUUGCUUGAAAAAGUUGCAAAGAAAAAGCAAGAACCUGAGAUUUGUGACAAGUAUCAAGAUUUGAUGACUCAGUUCUGUUCUCUUCAGAAUCGAUUUUGCACGUACAGAAUGGCUUAUGGGUCUGACAACUACAGUGCUGGGGAGUGGGACUUGUUUAUGAGAGCCAAUCUGAUGAAAGAAGCUUGCCGGGCACUAAGAGAUGAACGUCUAGAUGUGGCGUUUACUUUGUGGAGAAGACAUCAGGAAGAAUGGACUAAACACAUGAAAGUGAAUGUGAUAGAAAACAUUUUAGCAUCCAUUCCAGACCAUAUUACCACCUCUAACAUUUAUGGUUGGCUUAAAGAUGAUCUAAUUCCCUAUGUCAGCAGAGUGGUGCCUCUUGCUCUGACACAUGUGUUGAAUUGGGCUAUAAACAGAGCAUUAAAUAUGGAAAGAUUUGAAAAGGAGGAAUGGCCUCAGAAUGCACUGAGGUUUCUGAAAUCUGUUGACGGCAGCAUCUGUGAGGAAACAAAGAUUUCUCUGACAGAUUCAACACACACACACUGUGACAGUGUUGCAAAGUCGACAGUUAACAUAACGGCUGCUGUGACAAAGCUUCAUGACACAUUGACCUGUUUGCAGAAUCUUCACGACCUCAAGUACAAAUACAAACAUUGUCUCUCUCUAAAACAGUUCCAACAGGAGACAAUGGAAAGCGUGGUGUUUCGCAUGCUGGACCGAGUGAAAGCGGUUGACCUACUGGCCCAAACACUGAAGAACCAAGUCAGACCUUACAUUGCAGAACACAAACUCAACGAAAAUGAAAUUUUCUCAAGAUAUGCAGCAGAUCACCUCAAUCGGAAGGCAAGGUCAUGCACUGGUGGUACCUCUCACUGGGAAGCAAAGCUCAUUGCUGUUAUUGGAUAUAUUCAAGAUCCUAAGGAGAAAAUAUCAGCCAUUAUUGACAUUGUGAUGCUGACCCCAUUGCCACUGAAUUCUGGGAUAGAAAAUCUCAUCCAGUCAGGACUAGAAAUCCAGCAUCCAUUGGUUAACAAACUUAAAGAACACAUUCGAAAAUUGGAUGUUCGGAUACUGAUUUCGAAAUACUCACUGAGAAACAAAUUUGUUCCCAGUAAACAACAUGCCAUGCAUCUGAUAUAUUUCAUUCUGAGUAAGGACACAUCUACAUGCAUUGCUGAUGCACUUAAAGUGAUGCAGACCUAUGACCUGAAGUGUCGUGCUCAGAUACAUGCUUUCCAUGCCAGAUUCCUCAUUUCCCACAACAGAGUCCAGGAAUAUUUAGACAUGCUGAAAAGUCUCUCGCCACAAAUCCUUGUGGAGUGUGGCAAACGGAUGAUCUAUUCCCAGCCAGAAGUCCACCAACCUGCUCAAGAGAAUGAUCAGGAAGCCUUGGAAUUAAAGAAGAGAUUUAUUUAUGCUGCUGUGGAAACAGGACGUGUUUUAGAUAAUGUUGUACAAGACAUUCUUGAACGAGAAGAGCUGAGAAAUGACUGUAAGGAUUUACAACACGUUUUGUCACUUCAGAAUGAAUACAACAUUAUGAUAACUCUGGCAGAAUAUCGGGAUCAGAAAUCAAGAGAACUUCUUCUGUUCACAUAUGUGAAGAAAACAUUCAGCAAACCACAGAGGGAAAUACAUUUUGGAAAAUUGUACAGAUUAGCUGACUUGCUACAGAUAUCACGAGUACGGUUUCUGAGUGAACUUGCCAUCUUCACAGCCCGUACAGGACAUAUUGCUUCAGCUGUCAAAUACAGCCGAAAAAUUAUAGAAUGUGGAGUUUGUGAAAGAACAGUCUCAGCUUUGUACGAUGUGGGGAUGUGUUUCUUGCAAGUGUUGGGAAAUGUAGAGAACAUUGAACCAGAAGAAAUCUGCAAUCUUGAUGACAUGGUCAAUGCCAUAUAUGAACUGGCAUGUGAGGGAACAGUUUAUUCUCAAGGCGUCGAUUUGUUGAGAUGUAUGGAGCUGUACAAGUGUGCUAGUCUUGCUGUUGCUGUUACCCGGCAGUGUGAGAACGGACAUGGCAACAUGGGACAAAUGGAGCUAUUUGGGAAGUUUUUCACACUAGAACCAAUGUUCAAAGAAGAUGCUUUAGUAAUGAGAACUGAAGAUGUCGUUCCAAUUGCUGGGAACUACUUAGUGUUACAUCCUUCUUUCACUCUGGAUAUUAUUGAGGAAGAGGAAGACGAUGAAGACCGGUUUCAACUUGCUGAAUUCUGCCGACUGUCACAAACUGUCAUCGGUUACCUGAUGAACAACAGUCACAUGGAGCUGGCAUUUCAGUUCCUUACUCACACCGUAUCUUCAGCAGUGGCCUUCGUCUCCCAGCACUUCAUGGGUUUCACAGGCUUCCCGCAGAUGGAGAAGAGAUUAAAAAGUAUGAAGGAGCAUUUAGCCACUCUUGUUGAGGAAGCCAAACCCAGUGAAGAAAAACUCAUCUCGGAACUCUUCUUCAAGAGUCUGAACAGCUCCAAGGUGGAUCACAAGCAUGCGUUGUUGUGUAUCAGCAGUCUCCCACUGAAGGUGGCCAAGAAAAUAUUACUCACUAUGAUCAGCUCGUGUACAGCACAGCACAACUACAAGAAACUCAAAACUGUUGCGGUAGUUGGUAUUGCAUUAGGUGAGAUUCACAGAGACCCUGACAUGGUUGCCAGCUGUCGUGUAUUGCAGCCUCAGGCCCGGUGGGGAUACAGACUCCGCACUUUAAAGAUAGACUUUAGUUAUGCUCUGCGAUCGGGCAAUGCGUUGAAGAUUCUCGCCCAAAUUGCACCCCACGAGAUGGUUGAUAUCAAGAUUGUCAAGCAGUUCUGCCAAGACUUUAAUUUGGAGGAGGAUGAUGGACUGAUGGUGUAUUUGGAGAAGGUGGUCGGUCAUGGGUGUAAACACAUUAAAGUCCGAGCAGCCAUUCGGGAAAUCAAAGACCAAGACAGUCUGCUCUCAAAGUUGAAUAAACUACUAAAAGAUUGCAGUCCGUAUGACUAUGACAAAAUCCACUUUUUGCUUGGUGAGAUACAGCAGCUGACCGAUACACCAAUGGUCCAGAAGGGUAUAAACAUUUUGGAAUACAUCAAGGUAUACACCCGUCGAUCAUCACCUUCUGCUUAUGAGAAGAAAUACUUUGAAGAUGAAAGUAAAAAGGAGACUGAUCUGUCCAUGAGCUUUUCCUGUCCUACAAAUGAAACAAAGUUGCCAUACCACCUGUUGGUUUAUGGAGAUCCAUGGGAGAUAAUCAGUCCAGAACUUCAUUAUGAUUCUCUUCAAGUUUGGAUUUCACUGGCAAGUGAGCUGGAGAUCAAAGAAGAUAACAUAUAUACAGGAGCUGCAAGGAAUAUGAUUUGUGAGUAUGUGAAGGCCCAGCAAGUGUCACAGACUGGCAAGAAGAGUCACUGCAACUGGAAUCUGUCUUCGUCAAGUCUGGACUUCCUCAACGACAUUCAAGAACUCCUCCUCAAAGUAUCCAGUGUCCCUGUGGCUCUGGCCUGCACGCAGUUUGCUAUCAAAGAACUACCUACAGGAGCAGAAAAGAUCCAAGCGUUAAAAGAAGGUACUGCUCUGGCAAAAAAGUGGUAUCUGCUGUGUGAGGAAAAUUCAAGUGAAAAGGAAAAGGCUCAGAAAGCUUUCAUGAAGUUCUCAUCGAUUCUCAAUCAACUGUCAACUCAGCGGGUCCUGCACCUACAUGAUAUGGCUGAGCCAGAAUUGCUGAUUCUCGACCGAUCACCAAAAGAGCUGAUCAUGAAGCUGUUUGAACAGCCGGCCAUUGUUGAGCAGGGUUGGAGGAGCGAGAUGUGUGAUGCUUAUGAAAUAGCUGAAGAGAUAGCCGAAAUCAAUGAUCUUAAUUUACAAGACUUUAUAUCGAGUUUUGUUGACAAAUGGCUGCCGUCAAGAGAAGCCAUGGAUGAUGGUGAUAAUACUAUAACCUUUGAUUUAUCAAAGUUGAAUAAAUCUGAACCACCGUCAUUUGACGAUGAUGACAACCUAAAGAGGGUGUUGUACAUCAUGAAGAAAGGAUCACUUGAGACCAAUGUUAUAUAUUUGCUGAAUAUUGCUUUCCCACAGAAGACAGAAUCUGUGAAGAGCUGUAAUUUAUCACAGCUGCGAGCUCUUCACUGUCUGCUCCAGCUGUGCGAUAAUGAUCUACUGAUGAAGGUCUGUGACAAGACAGCAGACAGUCUGCGUGACCUCACCUCAAUCAUGGGCUAUCUAGUUGAGCUAGAGAAGCUUCACUUUGUCUACAAUGUGGAGAAAUUUCAACAGUGUGAUAAGGAGAGUCUGGUUAAAGGACUCUGGCGCAACCACAGUCACAAGAAGAAUGCUGUUUUGUUGGUUGCCUCGUUGUGUCUGGAUUACGACAUCCACAAUCCUGUGUUCUGGGAACAACUACUCAAACAGUUCCUAACUCUGGGAUUGCUGGAUUAUCUGGAGACGUUGCUAAUACGACUGUGCAGUGUUCCUGACAUUUGGACGGUUCCUUCCUUUGGGAAAGCCUGGCAGGCCUUUCUUUACAAUGCACUGAACAAAUAUUGUCCUCCACUUAGUGAGCCCCAGGAAGAGAUGUGUGUGCACUACUUCAACAUACUGCACAGGUGUCCUGUGAUAAUGAGUGUGGACGUGAGGUCGCUGGCUGAUCAGUACCAGAGACUGGAGCUGGCGGUGUGUGCUGCCUGCUGUCUGAUCUUACAUGGAGACCAGGCAGUAAAGGAAUAUCUUGACGGGAACAAACUGCAUCACUUACAGCACCUGGAUUCCCUCAUGAAGAUGGGCUUGAAUGCAGCCAUUGCUCAAGAGGUUCAAGGUGCAAUUUUUGACAUGAUUGAUGAACAAAAGGAGUAUCUGCUGAUUCUGGGAAGUACUUACAAACAUCGCUUCAUUCAACAUGUCAUCAAGUGUGACAAAAUCAAUCAUUUGGUGGAAUUUGCUGUCAAACACAAAAGACUAAAGGAAGCGGCAAAUCUUGUGAAAUCAUACUGUUCAUUCUACACUUGGUUUGGAGAAAAACUGUCACAGUACAUGGAAACAAAGAGAUGUAACAGUCAUCUUGAGGCAUUUCUACAACUAAAGGAUCAGUGUUGUCACUAGAGACAGCACACAUCAGACAGUAGACCAAAAUACACAAUUUCUUUCUGUUCUAAAUGAGCAUGAUGGGCACAAUUUGAUACAUAAAGUCUUUCACUUUAAGGAUAAAAUGUUCUUGGGUAACUGAAAAACACUGGUGAACAAUUUGUUUUUAAAGUGAUACAUAAGGUGACAAAAUAGUAUGAAGACGUCCUUCACAAAAGACAAUUGAUUAUUCCUACCCCAGAAAUUGUUGCUGAAUGGCUUUAGCGUUGACCAAUGUGUUGACCAAUGUGUUUGACAGAACAAGUAUAAAAAGCAGUGCCACCGUGUUCGAGUUGUGUAUUUCACUGUUUUAUGUAUCAAGAGGAAAGACAUUAGGUUUUGGAAAUAUUUGAUUUAAUUACUAUACCAUCAGCACUAAAUAUAUUUUAAAUGGUUAUCAAUAUAUUUAUUGAAUUUGUAUCUAUAUAAAUGUAUCUAUAAGACUU